CUUUGAGCAAAACUAACAUUUGGUAACAAUCAAAAUCAAGAGGAUAUAACAUUUGAGGUUUUAUGUUUGUUUGCACCAAUAUAUAACUGGUUAAGCUAAUAUCACUCGUUAAACACAAAUCAUUAUGAGAAACAGAUUGUCUCUACGGUGAUGGGAUUCACGUCAUGGCCACCUCUAAAAAACUGUGUUUGUAAUUAUAAUGCGACUCUACUCUUUUUGGGUUUUUCUUUAUCUGAAUCUGAUCCGCCGUUAUUCCGGCGAGUCUCAUGUGACUUACAUUAUCCCUUCUUCUUAACAACUUCAAGUGACCAAAAACAAAAGUCAAUAACUGUUUUAAUAAUCUUGUAACUACUCAAUUCUCCGAACCGACCCUUUUAAUGGCUCCCACGUUUCACUCUAGUCAUUCUCUUUCUCUACUUAGACCCUGUUUCCUUCUUCUUCUGUUUCUCUGAAACUCAUGAAAUUUGAGGAACUACUCAUGGAAGCUUCACAGCAACAAAGCAACAAGAGACAUGACUUAGAGGAAGGAGUGAUGCAUCUUAAAGAGAGACUAGAGGAAGAAGAAGCAGUAAGUAGAACUUUACGAGCUGCUUUUGAUGGCUCUAUUGUUUCUCUCCCAAGUCUCUCCUCAUUGUUUCUUCCACCUCAGUUUUCCGAGCUUAUACAAGAAUUAGCCGUCGUGGAGGCAGAGAUUCUUUGUCUAGACCGAAAAAUCGAGGAGCUAAAGCUUAAACUGUAUUACGAACAGAGACAAACGCAAGAGAUGCAAUUGACCGAACAGAAGAGGACAUUGGCAAGACAGAGCCAUGUGAGACAGAGUACUUUGCCACUAAGACAUGAUCUUCAUCAACGAUCUUUGUCUCAUUGUUACCAACGUUCUACUCUAGACACCGCCUCAACAACUCAUUCAAGGCUCUCAUUUUCUUAUGCUCCUGAUUUCUUGGAUACCACUUCUUCAGGUUGCUUCACAGAUGAAUUUGAUGCAGUAUCGAGGAUGCAGAUGGGUAGAGUAAGAAAAGGGCUUCGACUUGUGGAAGCAAAAACAAAGGACGACCCAAACGAAGUAUCUGAACAACUCAUCAACUGUCUUAUAGGCAUUUACUUGGAGCUCAAUCAUGUUUCAUCAAAGACCAAAGGGGAUGUCUCGCUUUCGAGAAGGCCCUCUUCUUGUAGCCGGAAAUCAAACACAUAUAGUUAUUAUCAAAAUGCAAUGAAUCUUGAUCCUUAUCACGUAUUGCAAGACUCAAGCGGAGGAGUCACCAGAGACAUUGGCCCUUACAAGAACUUCAUCCACAUUUCAAGAAGUUCUAUCGAUGUGACCCGUUUCACCCAUUAUUGUUCACCGGCUGUUCCACGCUUGAGUAUUUUGAUGGAGAAACUAUCGGAGGUAGAUUUGAGUUUUUUGACCUACAAGCAAAAACUCGCCUUCUGGAUCAAUAUCUACAACGCAUGUAUCAUGCAUGCUUUUCUUGAGUAUGGGUUACCAUCAUCACACAAUAGACUACUUACCUUGAUGAACAAGGCUUCACUCAACGUAGGUGGCAUAGUCCUCAACGCUUUGGCGAUUGAACAUUUCGUCUUGCGGCAUCCUUGUGAACCAGAACAUGACUCCCUUGACGAGAAAGAAACUCUCCUGCGACAUACUUAUGGUUUAGGAUAUUCAGAGCCCAACGUGACAUUUGCGCUUUGUCGCGGAAGUUGGUCUUCACCAGCACUUAGAGUUUAUACAGCAGAGGAAGUGGUGAAUGAUUUAGGAAGAGCAAGAGUGGAAUAUCUAGAAGCUUCCGUGGGUGUUUCUAGCAAGAAAAAGAUUGUGGUUCCACAGCUUCUGCAAUGGCACAUGAAAGAUUUUGCAGAUGAUAUUGAAUCCCUUUUGGAAUGGAUCUAUAGUCAUUUGCCUCGAUCAGGCAACCUAAAGGGCAUGAUUAUGGAAUGUCUAAAGAGAAAAGCAAAAGUUCCUUUAGCUAAAAUGGUAGAGAUUCAAACAUAUGGACACGAAUUUCGUUACUUGUUGUCAUUAUAAACAUGAGAGGUCCUUAUCUAGAAUAGAAUAACAAUGUUUGGUAACUUCUCUCACGGAUGUACACAUUCUCGUUUAUUUGCAAUGUACAACAAAUAUAAUAUAGUUUCGUAUGAACACUUUGAC